AUGGCCCGCCAUGGGAAAUCCAAGGCCUGGGCCAAAAAGGGCCCUAAGAAGGCCCCCAAGAAGGCCCCUCUAAUGUCGCCACAUCGGUUUACGAUGCAGGAAGAGGCCAGAAACACCGAAGGCCACUCUCGAGAUUGGCGAACCAGCAGCAACCUGAGACACAAAGCGGUGCAAUUUGUCAAGGCUGGUCAUGUGCAACGAAGUGAAUUCGAAACGAUCGAGACCGCCGAGGAGGAUGGCGAGCUCCAGGUAGAUGACCAACCGGCAACGGCAGCUUUCCAGUCUGAUCCAGAGAGUCGGGCAGAGCCACAAGAGGCAACGGAGCCCCGGGAUCUUUCUGCGGUUAUGCUGCCAAGGAUGGACGACGUGAAACACCCGACCUCAUUGCAUCUAGAUCAAGCCCCGAGCGAUUUCCACGAGUCGAGCGACUCGAGCGAAGAUGAGGUGGUCUUUACGGGGAGGAAGCCUAGCAUGAGACCAGUCGUCAUCGAAACCAGCCAAGCGGAGCUUGACCUCAUGUUCCAAAACCACGCCCAGGAAACAGAGGUGGUCAAAUCCACACCGGCGCCGACGAUGGACAGCUUGACGACCGGAAAGCCCCAAUCGGAUUCGAGCCACGCGCGAGUCCAGAAAAACAAGCGAGACACACGCGGAUGGACCCGAAAGGAUGAAGAUGAUAUGCUGGCUGAUUAUAUCGCCAAUAUGGAUAGCGACUACCUCGAGGCACUGGGUGUUCAGCAAGGUGAACAUCGACGCAAGAACGAAGACAAGCAGUCGGCCGAGGAAUCGUCUUCAGACGAGGACGGAGCCGCUUCUAUCAUCUCCGCAGAGUUCCGUGCACUGCUCAAGGGAGAUUCAAAAGAGGAUUCUGGCCGGAACUCAAUCGACAGUGGUCUCUCUCGGAUGCGAAUCGACGCGGAAAACGAGUUUGUGCUUGACUCUGAUGAUUCCGACGAUGACGACGAAGAGGAUGGGGAUGACGAUGAGGAUGACGAGGACGACGACCUGGAAAUCAACCUUGAUCUGAUGGAUGAGUUCAAUUUGGAUUCAGACGACGAGGAUCUAGAUACGGAGCUUCUCGAAGAUAUGGCGAUGAACUACCUCGCCGACCGGAAGAAGGGGGCACGCUCAAGUAAAUCUCCUUUUGCGUCGGCAACGGCAUUCGCAGACGCUCUGGAGGACGACCCAUAUUAUGGCCUUGACAUGAUGGAUUUCAAUCGUCCGAGCUUGCAGAAGAAGGGUAAGGGCAAGAAGCCACCUGGCCUGGAUCUCAUGCUCUCCGACAGUGAUCUGGAAGCCCAUCUCCACGAUGUGUGGCAAGUCGACCGGAAGAAGAAAAAGGCCAAGAAGCAGGAACGAGAAGAGCUUCGAAAGCAGGGCUUGCUGGGUCGGGAUCCUGGAUUUGCAGACCUCAAGAUCAAGUAUUCCAAGGGAAUGAACUUUGAAGAAUUGAUGACUGAGAUUCGAUCGUUUAUGCUCUCACCAAAUUCGAGCCUUUCCCUACCGGCGAUGACUAAGCAUCGCCGCAAGACGAUUCAUGAGCUGGCCAACGUGAUGAACCUCAAGUCGCAAUCCAAAGGCAAAGGUCCCUCGCGCUUCCCCAUGCUCAUCAAAACGUCUCGCACUCCUACGUAUACUCGCAGAACCAUCGUGCAAGUGGACGAUCUGCUUUGUGGCAAAAAGUUGAACCGGCGCCUCUACCAGUCAUGGGGCUCAGAUGCGGCCAAAUACAGCAAGCCCGCGAGAGUGAAGCGUGGAGGAGGUGCCGGUGGUGCAACGACUUACAUGGAUGGUGACGUCGUUGGCGGAACUGCUCCAGAAAUCGGAGUCGAGAACCGCGGACGAGCUAUGCUGGAGAGAAUGGGCUGGAGUAGUGGCACUGCUCUUGGUGCAGUAAACAACAAGGGAAUUCUGCAACCCGUUGCGCACGUGGUCAAAAAUUCCCGCACCGGUCUCGGCUAA